UCCAUUGCAGGUCAUGUUUAUCCACGUUCCAUGUGACGAUAGAUGAUGGAUGACAGCCGUGGGCUAAGAAUAAAAGAACCGUUGAUCUGCAACAGAACAUCUUGGAUUUCUUCUCUUUGGUCGAUUUGUCCUCAAAUUAAACAGAUAAAAUAUUAGCAAAGUAGCAGUUUACAUAGUUAACCAGUCAAACAAAAAAUGAUGAAGAAAAAUAUCCAGCUACCAGAGUAAUCGACAGCAAUUUACUGCUUUGACAGCUAAGCUAGCUAGUUAGCAAGCCAGAGAGGAUCUCGACCAGACGUGUGACCAAGUAGUCACACCCUAAUCUGGGGAAACAUGAGUGAAAUGUAGACCAGAGUAAUGCAGCAUGUAGUAGGACUUUUGUCAUCGUGAAAGACAUUCACUUUUUUCAGAAUCUGGACAUGGCUGCCUCAUCAUCAUGCUACAGCCACAGCCGUCCGCGAGAUAGCGCUUGCCAGCCAGUCUGCUAAAUCAACUAGCUACAUCGGAGCUUGAAAACAAAUCGUUUUUUUUUGUUGCACAUAUAAUAUUGUGGUAUUAUGAAUUCACCCAUGUAUACAUUUGUCGCACGAGACGACAACAGUACUAUUUAUGCUGAAGUUUCCAAAAUUCUCGUCGCUACUGGACAAUGGAAGAGACUGAAAAAGGAUAAUCCCCGAUUCAAUUUGAUGUUGGGCGAACGGAACAGACUGCCAUUUGGACGGCUUGGUCAUGAGCCUGGGCUGAUGCAACUGGUGAAUUAUUACAGAGGAGCAGACAAGUUGUGCCGCAAAGCAUCUUUAGUCAAGUUAAUCAAGACUAGCCCGGAGCUUCCAGAUCCCGGCAACUGGUUGCCUGAAUCGUACAUCAUCUAUCCUACUAACCUCAACACUCCCAUUGCGCCUGCAAAGAAUGGCAUAAGCCACCUGAGAAGUAACCCCAAAACGGAUGAAAGAGAAGUUUUCCUGGCCUCUUAUCACUCAAGGAAGGAAAGCGGAGAGGGAACAGUGUGGAUCGCCAAGUCAUCUGCUGGAGCAAAAGGUGCUGGAAUUUUGAUAUCCCACGAUGCAAAUCAAUUGCUGGAGUUCAUUGAUAAUCAAGGGCAGGUUCAUGUCAUUCAGAAGUACCUAGAAAGACCACUACUGUUGCAACCUGGCAACCGUAAAUUUGACAUCAGGAGCUGGGUGCUCGUGGACCAUCAGUACAACAUCUACCUUUACCGGGAGGGUGUGCUGCGGACGGCCUCGGAGCCCUACGACAGCUCCAACUUCCAGGACGUGACCAGCCACCUGACCAACCACUGCAUCCAGAAAGAGCACUCCCAGAACUACGGCCGCUACGAGGAGGGCAACGAGAUGUUCUUCGACGAGUUCCGGCAGUACCUGCUGAGCACCUACAACAUAGUGCUGGAGACCAACAUUUUACCUCAGAUAAAGCAGAUUAUAAGGAGCUGUCUGACAUGCAUUGAGCCUGCCAUCAGCACUAAGCACUUGUCCUAUCAGAGCUUCCAGCUCUUCGGCUUUGACUUCAUGGUGGACGAGAGCUUCAAGGUGUGGCUGAUAGAGAUCAAUGGAGCUCCGGCCUGCGCACAGAAACUCUACCCGGAGCUAUGCCAAGGUAUCGUGGACGUGGCCAUCUCCAGUGUCUUCACACUGAACAACGAUUCCGAACCACGAUCAUCUUCCUCCUCCCCCGCUCCUUACUCCUCCUCCCCCUCCUUUUCCACUCUCAAUUCAUCCUGUUCCUCGCCGAAACUGAGAGGACCCCUCAACGUGGGCCCAUUCACCCGAUUGUAAGUCCCCCCCCCCUCC